AUGACGACGGAAUCCAGUAGCUCUUCGCCUUCUUCCACAUCCAACAGUGCCACACAAACUUCAACCAUUCAGGAUACUGGAACUACAACAACUGAACCAACCACUCACAAUACUGAAAGUACAAGACUAACUCCAGAAAGUGCAACUCCCACCAAAGUUGCAACGACUCCUUCAACAUCACCAGUGUCUGCCACAACAACUGAAACUACAGGGUCAGUCGUGUCCACUACUCUUCCCACAAGUGAAGCAACAACCAUAAGACAAUCCUCAACAACCCACAACGCUGAAAGUACAAGAACAACUCCGGAAACACCAUCUACAACUCCUCAGUGUAGCGACGAGCAUUGUGGUGCCCCCAACAAAAGGUGCGUUGGGGGUACCUGCGAGUUCAACUCAACACUUGGAAAAUGUCAUUGUCACUGUCAAAACUUUGUCUUUGGUGAUAUCUGCUCCUUUGGACAAAAUGACACCUCUGCUCAUAUUGAUAACGAAGCAGUACCAACUCGAAAUGCAAAUAUUACUUUGGAAAUCCAGACAUCUUUUCAGCCAGCUUUUAACAACUUAAGCUCACCUCAAUCAUUAGAAUUCAUCAACACAUUAGUACCACAGCUUGAAGCCCUAUGCAAACAAGCAGAUCCACAAACCUUCAAAAAAGUACAAGUCAUCAAGCUAACAGAAGGAAGCGUUGUUGCUAAGAGUGUGGCGGAGUACAGCUAUCCCAACAACGAAACUCAAAUCCAGUUUGUCAACACUCAGCUUGAUAGGGUGUUGACUGAUAUCUUAAAUGAUACAAAUAACCUCAAAAAUAUUUCUCAGGCCUUUAAUAGCAGCGGUGCAGUGUUAAAUGGAAUCUCCUUCCACCAGCCUACAAUUACCAAUAUUACAGACCUGAAGCCAUUUAUUAACUGCUCUCAGCUUGCUAACUACACUGCUGAGAUUGAUAAUGGUCAAUGGCAGUGUGUUGGACCUUGCAAAACAAAUCCUGAUUACUGUCAUCAACAUGGCAUAUGUCAUAACGACAUUCACAAAGGGCCUACCUGUAGCUGCUUUGAGUCUAGCCUGGAGCAGUUUUAUGGUCCACAGUGUGACCUCUUCCGUCGCGGUCCAGGUUUCUAUGGAGCACUAUUUGGCUCAUUGGCAGCAGCACUCCUGAUCUUGAUUAUCAUUGUCAUUGCUGUCAUUGUCAUAAAGAAAUAUAAGGGAGUUUGGAUCAACUCCUAUGACAGAAGACUGUCUGCUUUCGAGGAAGAUUUCUUUGAUUUCUCUGAUACAGGGGAUCACAACUUGGGAUUGGCAGGCACUUACACAUCAGGGGGUUUUAGGCCACAUUUACAAAAUGUUGACACCCGAUUGCAGGCCACAACAAGACGUCCAGAGGUUCUGAACAACAACCCCAGAUGA